ACUUGGGUGAGAAUGCAAGGGCUGGCAGAAGAAAAACCUGACCCAAAUUCCAAACAGCAGAAUAGUAGUUCCAAACGUUGCCGUAUUUAAACUCUCCAGGGAACGCAUAAGCGCCUUCGAGAAGUAGAAGCAGAACUCACUCACGCAUUGCUUCUUGCCUCAUACGAAGCCACUCUCUGCUCUCUACUGAACUGAAUCGAAGAGAAGAAAAUAAAAAUUAACUGCGAUGGCAACACGGUUGGCGGCAAGGUUUGCACCUAGAAGGCUAUUUAGCAGUGGCACUGGGAAAAUACUUAGCGAGGAGGAAAAAGCUGCAGAAAAUGCUUAUUUUAAGAAAGCUGAGCAGGAGAAGUUGGAGAAGCUUGCUCGCAAGGGUCCUCAACCAGAAGCAAGCACGGCCGCGGGCUCAGGGGGUUCAGUAACUGAUGCCAAACCAAGUGGCUCCGGAUAUACUGGAACAUCAGCUGACAAAGUUUCAACUGACAAGUACCGGAAUUAUGCAGUGGUAGCUGGUACUAUAACAAUUUUUGGUGCUUUGGGGUGGUAUCUUAAAGGCACUGCAAAGAAGCCAGAAGCGCAGGAUUGAAGAUUUCAGCCAUGCAUGUCUCUCUCUCCUCUUGGUUCUGGUUGCAGCAGUUGCGCGAAAAUAAAUAAACACACAUCAACUCCUUUUAUUCCAUCGUACAAUUAUCAUGAAGUACUAUUGUGUUUCAUGUUUUAUGCAUCACCAAUAGAUUCCCGAUGCUACUUAGCAUGAUGCGCAUCAGAAUUUAUUUACUUUCACUCGUUCAAAUGACCUGUGAUU